UUGCCGCAUUUUUAGACAUAGAAAUAAUUAGCACACAUUCAUAACUAAUAUAUGAUAUUUUCUUAGAAAAUAGCCGCACUUGAAGCUGAACUGUGCCAUUUGAGAAAUAAUCUUCGAUCUAAAUCCGAAUACAUGUGACUGCGAAUGACAUCCUAAUAUUUUAUUAUAAUUCUACUUAUUACUAUUGACUAAUAAAUGAUUGUAUAAUUGCGUUAAAAUUUUUACUAUCUAUAGUAAGGAAAAUACAUUUAACAUCAAAGUAAUUGAUUCUGCGAGAAAAACAAGAAGCGAACAUCAAGUUAUUUGAAAUACAACAGAAACAGCGGGUGAAAUCGUGAGGUAACAUUCGGACUCUUAUGGUAAAACAGGCUAAGAGUUUGGAGUUCGAACUGCAUUAGAUGACAUAUAUAUUGGUCGCCAUGGCAACUGUAUCAACAUGAUGGAAUAUAUUGUAAACUCAAGCCGUUUAUGGCUAUGAGAAGGAUACUUGUCCAGUAUAUGAGAAGGAUACUUGUUAAUUAAGUUGUAUAUUAAUUAAAUAUGUAAUACAAAUUGUGUAGUGUAAUAUGACAAGUGAACAAUGAGUCUGUACUUUGACAUACGCGUACAGAACCCUGAAACUGCUUCGAUAAGCACAUUUGUCGCUUGGCACAAUAAUUAUCCCUUAUUAGCUGUCGCUGCAUAUUCCCAAGAUAAAGGUGGUUUUGUAACUAUUUAUGACGAUCAAGGUGAACCUGUGCAGGAUGUCGAAUCGACAGGACAUGCUGUGGCACAAGUCACUGCUCUUGGAUGGCAUCCAGAAAGGACAUGGUUGGCGGCAGGAUGGGAGAGCGGAGAGUUGCGAAUAUGGCCAGGAGAUACUGGAAGCCAAGAAUUCAAUAUUAUUGUAUCUCCCCAUCGAGAUCCUAUUACAAUUCUUCAAUGGAGUCAAUUUGGUGGUCGCUUGGUGUCUGCAGAUGCUGGUGGAUCUAUAGUUGGCUGGAAAAUAGACUCCAGAGGACAGCUCCUUAUGACAUUUCAUCAUGAAUUAAAGGAGUCUUUUACACAAAUUACAUUUAAGACAGCUCCUCCAAAGCCAAUGAUUGACAUUAGUGGUUUAGCAAAAGCAGCAGUAGCUGGCGAUGAACGAGCUUUGGAUCUAUUUAGUUCCUGGCGGCCAAGAACCGCCGCACCAAUGGCAGUUCCGACACAACGUGACAAUCAUGCGUUCUACAUCAGCACUGCAAAUGGUACCAUAUACUUUGUAGAUGUUCAAGGGCAAUGCAAGGAAGUAUUCAGUACUGAUGGUGCGGGACUAUAUUGCCUGUUGCAUCAUCAAACUAGAGAUUCGAUUAUUGUCAUGACAGAGGGAUUAAAUAUCGGGCACUUUCAAGCAGAUGCAAUUAGCGGGGAACUUAUUGAGUUGACGAAGGUAAAACUGAGCGGCAGAAGCGAUACAACGCGCACCAACGCCACUCUAUGCUGGAUCAGUGGCAACACCUUGGCUGUACUUACAGGUGAACUCGCUGUACGUUGCUGGGAUCUUCACACAGGUGACACGUACGUUCUGUCACCUCCAGACCACUUAUCCAGUGGAAAUAUCGCCACUCCUCAAGAAAUGUGCACCAGUUUGGCGUUCUGCAAGGCCAAUGACACUUUGGCUGCCGGCACCAACUUGGGAACGAUUUAUUUAUGGAAGCGGAAAAACGUGUCCGAGUGCGAUGAAAACGCCUGGCCGAGUAUUCCGGAGUCCUGUUCGAUCCACGGCACAGUAAAGCAAUUAAUGUGGGGCACCAGCUUAUCGCGGAAUUCUCUUUUGGCUGUGAAUUGCAUCACCAAUGUUUUCAUUCUACAUCAGCAGCCAAUGUGUGCUGUGUAUAACGACGGUGUUUGCGCUAGUCAACUGACUCCCACACAGAUUCUGCUCGAGCUGGACGAACAGACUUACAUGCUGAAGACGGAGAUUCAAGUGCAGGUCGUCGCAGUAACGAGGGAAUACGUCGCCGUCUCGUCCGGCAGGCAAAUAAUCGUGAACCGUAUCAACCGAGGUGCCAAUUUGAGUACGACUUCAUUAGCGACCUUCAGCUGCGACACGGAAAAGAUGUUGAUCUACGAGCACACGUUGAUCGUGUUGACUCCGAUGAUCAUUCAGCUGCGAUCCGUGGAAGGCUCUAUCAUUCAAACACUUCCCACUCUGCCGGAAGAGGGUGAACCAAUUACGAUGGAGUUAACAGGGCAAUAUUUGACCGUGGCGUCGUUAAACGGUAUCUUGAAGAUUUGGGAUUUAGGCAAGCGCGAGGCUAAGCUACAUACUCGAGCUAUGGCAACGUACGAGGCGAUCAGUGAUUUUGCCGAGAUUAUCGAGGCCAGAUGUAACGCAGAUUGCCACUGCGUUUCCAUCACUGUCGCUAUGGCGAACCUCAUGCCAAGUUCAAUUUUAUAUGUCUGGGAUAUUGAAAGUGAUCAGAUUCAUGAAUUUGACUUCGGAGAGUCGGACGAUAUCAUUGAUGACGACACUAUGUUAACUGCACAAUGCAGGGGAAGAUUAGUCACUGCGCACUGCUGGGACGUAGAGGACUCUAGGUUGUUGGUGUGUCGAGCUCAAAGAUUGGAAAACCGUGACUCUAAGAACUUCGACAAAGGCGGCAAUCAGGUAACGUUCAUUAAAUUAUUGUUUGAUCGUCAUAUAUGUAUGAUUAAUAAUAAUAAUUUUCCUUUUCAGAUUGCACAAGCGUCUGUGGUGUUGGUAUCGUUAUUCGCAACGUCAGAUCAUGGUAUUGUUGUGCAAGACGUGAAGCCAAUUGCUGAUGAGAAUUGCCGCUUGUUGGGUGUACAGUCGCCGCAUAUCGUUAUUCUGAAUUCUGAAAAAAGUUUGGACAAAACAAGUAAGAUAACGCGAUUGUUGAUGAGGGAUUUCGAAGAACUGGGUGACUGCGAUUCCGUCACGAAAAAGGCGGUGAUGGAUUUUAGUUACCAUAUUAGUGUGGCAAACAUGGAUGAAGCCUUCAAGGCCAUUAAAUCUAUACAAAAUGAAACUGUCUGGAAGAGCUUGGCCAGAAUGUGCGUGAAAACGAAGCAACUGAACAUGGCUCUGCUUUGCCUGGGUCACAUGAAGCAGGCCAGUGCCGCGCGGGCUCUUCGCGAAGCGAUGCAGGACGACAGUCUGAGUUUGGAGGCACAAGUGGGAAUUCUAGCGGUCGAGCUUGGUCUUCAUACCGAUGCGGAACGUCUGUUUCGAGAAGCGAAGCGUCUGGAUUUAUUGGGACAACUGUUUGAGGCGCGAAACAAAUACAAGGAAGCGAUUAAUUUAGCCAGCAACGAGAACAAGAUCCGUGAGAAAACUAGUUACUAUAAUUACGCUCACGCGCUAGAGCAGCAGGGUAAAGUGGCGGAAGCCAUCGACAUGUAUACGAAAGCCGAUUGCCAUCGAUUCGAAGUGCCACGAAUGCUCCUGACAAGACCUCGAGAACUCCUCGCGUAUCUCAAUAACUCAGAAGAGCCUGAGAUUAAAAAUUGGCACGCUCAGUACACCGAGUCGACAGGCGACAUGGAGGCGGCCUUACGUCUUUACGAGCAGGCGAAAGAUACCCUGUCAAUGACAAGGUUGCUGUGUUACUUCGGUCGGGAGGACGAAGUGUCCGAGCUGGUAACCAGAACGAGCCAUGCUGCGUCCGCAUAUCAUCUCGCUGCACAUUACGAGUCGAAGAACAAUGUCUCGCAAGCAAUCCAUUUCUACACAGUUGCUAAAGCUUAUACUAACGCGAUUCGAUUGUGCAAGGAACACGACAUGCUGGAAGAGCUGUGGCCAUUGGCUAUACUGGCGUCGCGGCAUUCGCAAAUAGACGUCGCGAAAUUCUACGAGGACAACGACCAGUCGGACCGGGCGGUGUUGUUAUAUCACAAAGCUGGCCUUCUGCACAAAGCUCUAGACGUCGCGUUCAGAACGCGACAAUACGGAGCGUUGCAACUGAUUAUCAUGGAUGUGAACGCGGACUCUGAUCCGGCAUUAAUACGAAAAUGCGCCGAUUACUUCAUGCAGAACGAGCAGAUCGACAAAGCAGUAGAUCUGCUCGCUACCGGCAGGAACUAUAUGGCGGCUUUAGAGCUGAUUCAGCAGCAUAAUAUAGCGCUGAGCGAAGAGCUCGCGGAGAAACUGACGGUUGAGAAAGGGAGCAAUGACGACGUGGAACAUGAACGCUUGAGGAUCUCCACGCUUGAGAGAAUCGCGGAAAUCGCCUUCGAUCAGGGCAACUACCAUCUCGCGACGAAGAAAUUUACGCAGGCCGGCAACAAGCUGCGCGCCAUGAAGGCGUUGCUCAAGUCCGGUGAUACCGAGAAGAUCUGCUUCUUCGCGCAGGUUUCGAGGAACCGCGAAAUCUACAUCAUGGCAGGCAAUUAUCUACAGUCGUUGGACUGGCAAAAUCAACCGGAAGUGCUGAAGAACAUCAUUAAUUUCUACUCGAAGGGAAAAGCGAUGGAUCUACUGGCGAAUUUUUACGUUGCGUGCGCGCAAGUGGAGAUCGACGAGUUUCAGAAUUACGAGAAGGCGUUGGAUGCGCUGAAUCAGGCAAGCAGGUGUUUAACUAAGGUAGUGAUGCCACGAGACCCGGAUGUUCACAAGCAAGCGAUGGAGCUGGUCAAUAACAGAAUGUCAGCAAUCAAACGCUAUCUAGACAUUAAACGAUUGUUCGACAAAGGCGAGACAGAAACGGCGAUGCAGCACGUUCGCCACUUGCUGGAUUCUCAAGGGCCGAAUUUGGAGCAAUCGGUGCGUCGUGGCGACCUGUUCGCAACGAUUACGCAGCAUUACGCAAAUAUAGGGGAUACUGAUAAAGCUUGGGCUACCAUCGAAGAGUUGAAACGUUUGGUACCAGGUAUCAAUUUAAGUUACUACUUUAAUGUAAAUCUCCUCGAAGCUUUGGGCUACAAAAUGAAAGUGCAACGGCAAGACAGUUCCGAUAAAGACGAUGGGAUUGAGGAACUUUUAGGAGAAUAAAAUUCCAUUAAGAUCACCACCACAGAUUGGAAGAAUUUGUAGAUAAAAUUAGCCUGGUAAAUCUAGUGUAACAACAGAUUGAAUAUGUAUUCGUUAUCUUAAUGAUCAAGAAAUUCCGUCCGUUUAUCUGUUAUUGUGUGUAUAGCAAUGUUAUAUUACAGAUAUAUAGUGCAAUAUUACAACUUUAUAAUGAUGUUGCGUUGCAAUGUUUUGAUGCAACAACAUUAUUGCAAUUCUACAACAAUAUUACAAUAAAAAUGUAUAAUUCAUUUGCAAUAUAAAGAUGAAAUAUUUUUGCAAUAUUUCUGCAAUGUUUUAGUAUUAUAUGGAAAAAGUUGGUAUAUUAUAAAUGAAAAGAAGACAAAAAUAUUUCUAAAUUUAGCAGACGUUUAUUUUUUUUUUUAUAAAAGAUUUUAUAAAAUAUCCUGUGUUGGAUAUUACAUUAUCUUACACUACAUAACUUAAAAUUUGUUAUAUUCCAAAAACAAAAUGUCUUAUAAAUAUGAGUUUAUAAAAAUGUAAGAAUGUAUGUUAUAACUGUUAUAUCAUGUAAUAAAAAAUAAAUCUUUCAUUUAGAAUAUUUAAUCUAUCUAAAAAUUAAAUGUUACGGUAAUUUUAUUAUAUUAUUUUAUUAUAUACUUAUAUGGUGGAUGUGUGCAAGGAUGAGAAAUUUGUUAUAUAUUUACAUUACUGCUAAAUAGUAUAUAGCAUCAUAAAAAG